GAAGGUGAGCUCAAAAAAUAGAAAGGCGCAGAAAGCGAAGCAACACGAGAGGAUGAAGUACGCGACAAUGAGCCAACAUGGCCUUGGCCUUCUUCAUAUCAAUCCAUGUCUUUCUUCUUCGUUUCUUCUUCUGUUUUCUCUCUUUUUCUAUGCUUCUUUCCCUUCUUCACUCCAUUGAUUGACUGAUUUCUCCAUGGAUUUCCUCCGUUUUUUGGCCCUUUCCCUGUUGGGAUCCAUCGCCAUUCUUCUUCACAACUGCAUUGCUCUUGAUGCCGUUUCCCCUCAACUCAACGACGAUAUUCUCGGCUUGAUUGUCUUCAAAUCUGCCCUCCACGACCCCUCUUCCCUUCUCGCCUCCUGGAAUGAAGACGAUGAUUCUCCUUGUUCCUGGGAGUUCGUUAAAUGCAACCCCAUCAAUGGCAGAGUUUCCGAGCUUUCCAUCGAUGGAUUCGGGCUAUCAGGGAGAAUCGGACGAGGGUUUGAGAAAUUGCAGCAUCUCAAGGUACUCUCGCUUUCUGGCAAUAAUUUCACUGGCAAUCUUAGUCCUGAGCUUGUUCUUCCUCCCAGUCUUCAGAGAGUUACUUUCAGUCGUAAUCGUUUAUCUGGGCGGAUACCCACUUCUUUAAUCUCUAUGUCCUCCAUUAGAUUUCUUGAUUUUUCUGAUAACCUGUUCUCUGGGCCGAUUCCUGAUGAAAUGUUUGCUAACUGUUCUUCGCUUCAUUAUCUUUCUCUUGCGUCUAAUAUGCUUCAAGGCCCUGUCCCCAACACAUUGCACACAAGGUGUUUGUAUUUAAACACUCUGAAUCUUUCGGCCAAUCAGUUCUCUGGUAGCUUGGAUUUAUGGUCUUUGACAAGGCUCAGGACAUUGGAUCUUUCCAAAAAUGCUUUCUCUGGGUAUUUACCGCAAGGGAUUUCAGCCAUCCAUAGCUUGAAAGAGCUCAAGUUACAGAGCAAUCAGUUCUCAGGGCCAUUGCCUACAGACUUGGGACUAUGUCUCCACUUAUCUACAUUGGAUGUUAGCAGGAACCGCCUCACCGGGCCAUUACCGGAGUCGAUGAGGCUCUUAACCUCCUUGACCUUCUUGAACAUUGGGUUCAACACGUUUUCAGGGGAGCUCCCGCAGUGGAUUGGGAACAUGACAAGCUUGAACUACGUGGAAUUCUCAAGCAAUGGCUUCACUGGCAGCCUUCCCUUGGCAAUGGGGGGAUUGAGAUCUGUCAAAUACAUGAGUUUUUCAAACAACAAGCUGUCUGGGAACAUCCCAGAGACAUUGAUGAAGUGUUCUGAGCUAUCUGUGCUCAAGCUAGAAGGAAACAGCUUGAAUGGAAGGGUGCCAGAGGGGCUGUUUGAACUGGGUUUGGAGGAGAUCAAUUUGUCUCAGAACGAGCUGAUUGGUUCAGUCCCAGUAGGAUCAAGCAAGCUGUAUGAAAAGCUCACAAGGAUGGACCUGUCAAGGAACAGAUUAGAAGGCAACUUCCCAGCAGAAAUGGGAUUGUACAAAAAUUUGAAGUACUUGAAUCUCUCAUGGAACAACUUUAAAGCAAAGAUUCCACCGGAAAUGGGUUUGUUUCAGAACUUGAAUGUGUUGGACCUCAGAAGCAGUGAUCUGCAUGGCUCAAUCCCCGGAGAACUGUGUGAUUCUGGCAGUCUGGGGAUUCUUCAGCUCGAUGGCAACUCUUUGAUUGGUCCAAUUCCCGACGAGAUUGGAAAUUGUGUCUCACUAUACUUGCUGAGUUUAUCCCACAACAAUCUAAGCGGAGAAAUUCCAAAGUCAAUCUCGAAGCUAAGCAAGCUAGAGAUUCUAAGGCUCGAAUCAAAUGAAUUGAGUGGAGAAAUACCCCAAGAGCUUGGAAUUCUUCAAAACCUGCUUGCUGUUAACAUUUCAUACAAUAUGCUGACAGGUAGGCUUCCUGUUGGGGGCAUCUUUCCAAGCUUGGAUCAAAGUGCUCUGCAAGGGAACUUGGGCCUUUGCUCCCCUUUGCUUAAAGGACCUUGCAAAAUGAAUGUCCCUAAGCCCCUUGUUCUUGACCCCAAUGCCUAUCCCAGCCAAAUGGGUGGCCAAACCAGCAGGGACAAGCCCUCACAAUACUCUAAUUCUUCUCCCCAUCAUGUGUUCUUCAGUGUCUCUGCCAUUGUUGCCAUUUCUGCUGCCACUUUCAUUGCCCUUGGGGUGCUUGUGGUUACCUUGCUCAAUGUCUCGGCUCGGAGGAGAUCGCUUGCGUUUGUCGACAAUGCGUUGGAAAGCAUGUGCUCGAGCUCUUCGAAAUCAGGGACUGCGACUGCUGGUAAGCUUGUUUUGUUUGAUUCGAACUCGAGGGGUUCACCGAACUGGGUUAGUAACCAUGAAGCCUUGCUGAACAAGGCCUCUGAGAUUGGUGCUGGAGUUUUUGGAACGGUUUAUAAGGUUUCGUUGGGAGAUCAAGGUGGAAGAGACGUAGCUAUCAAGAAGCUUGUGAAGUCGAACAUGAUUCAGAAUGUGGAAGAUUUUGACCGGGAAAUCCAAAUCUUGGGCAAGGUCAAGCACCCCAAUUUGAUCAGCUUAAAGGGUUACUACUGGACUGCACAAACUCAGCUCUUGGUAAUGGAGUAUGCUACCAAUGGAAGUCUUCAAACUCAACUCCAUGGAAGGCUUCCUUCAUCUCCACCACUCUCUUGGGAUAACCGGUUCAAGAUUGUGCUUGGGACAGCCAAAGGACUAGCACAUUUACACCACUCAUUCCGUCCGCCAAUCGUUCACUACGAUCUCAAGCCAACCAACAUCCUUCUCGACGAAAACUUCAACCCGAAGAUCUCCGAUUACGGGCUUGCAAGACUGCUAACAAAGCUUGACAAGCACAUCGUAAACAACAGAUUCCAAAGUGCUUUGGGGUACAUUGCACCAGAACUGGCAUGCCAGAGCAUAAGGGUGAACGAGAAAUGCGACGUACACGGGUUCGGGGUGAUGGUUCUCGAGAUCGUAACAGGACGAAGGCCAGUCGAGUACGGAGAAGACAAUGUGGUAAUAUUGACAGACCAUGUGAGGUAUUUGCUAGAGAGAGGGAAUGUGUUGGAUUGUGUUGAUCCAAGCAUGAGUGAGUAUUCAGAAGAUGAAGUGGUGCCCAUACUCAAGCUGGCUUUGGUCUGCAUUUCUCAAAUUCCUUCAAGCAGGCCAUCCAUGGCUGAAGUGGUGCAGAUUCUGCAAGUCAUCAAGGCUCCACUCCCACAAACAAUACCACAAGGAUUUUGAGAACCUCAAUUUCAAAUGUGAUAUUGUUUACCUUUGGUUGGAACUGUUCUAUGUUUUUAAUGGAUUGCUUGAACUUUUUUCCUUUAAUUCUUUGUUUUCACAAUUUAGAGGAUAAUGUGAAUUAACCUUGUGAUUUUGUAAUUUUGCUUUAUUGGAGAUGAAAAGCUUGAAGCAUAAA